AGAGAACAAUAUCGUCACCUUUGUUAACAAAUAGAGAAUUCUUUUCAUAGACUAAAUUAUUGUAGAUAGUAUAACAAAGCUGACACUGACAAAAAUUUACAAGUCAAAUUGACAUUCUUAUAUUUAUACACAUAUUAUAUUAUACAAUGAAAUUAAUAAGUUUUGUAUUCUUUUUUAUGGCAGCAAGCUUCACGAUUACAAUUGUUUACUCAAAAUCAGUUUCGAGCGUUUAUAGAAGAGGUCCUCCAGGUAUGCAGUAUGGCGAUUUUAAAGAAACGAUCGAAAAUGACAACAUGAAAUCUCUACGCGAUUACCUAUCCAAGCCGAGGCAUUACACUCGUAUAAAAAAAAGAUCCCCACACCACAAAGUCUCCAUUCACGAGAGUGAACCUAGGAAAAAAACCUGUGGAAUUAUGUUCAAGAACAAGGAGCCCAUCGGUAUUCUACAGCCCUACGAAGAAUCGUUCAAGUUAAUUCCUGUCAAGGAACAAAAAAUUGAUUUGGAAAUUAAACAACUGCAUUCUGAAGACGAUUCUGGUCCCGUCCAAGAUAACAGUGAAGCACUAUCGGAUAAUAACGAUAACAUUAAAAGUAGCUUUACAAAAAGAAGUGCAGACUCACAACUUGAAUCAAACGUGGAAGAUCGUUUAAAGGAUAUCUUAAACGAAAUGGGCUUAAUAGAGAAGCAAAAUCUGGAUAAUAAAAACGAGAAAAGAUACGUUAAAGAGGACGAAAACUUGGAACGUGGCUUAAACAAAAUAAACAUGAUCAAAGAAAAUCGCGACUCACGUAUGGAAAGUAAAAGAUUAGUGCAGGAUAAACCAGUGCCUGUCGAAAGUAAUCUACUGAAUGAUAACGAAAUAUUUAAAGUUAGACCUGAACACAAAAGGAGUGAUCGUUUUGGGAAUGGCGAAAGGAAGAGACUGAUUCAAGAUGUCCCUGUGCCGGUUGAAAGCAAUUUACUGAACGAUAACGAUAUAUUCGUAACGAGCAAUUUAUUGAAACGAGAAGUUAAAUCUGAGCCCCAAAAGAAUGAUCGUUUGGAAAAUGGCGAUCGUGGGGAUUAUAGGAACAAGAGACACGAAGAUGAGGAUAAUAUCAUUCAAGACUUGGCCAAUUCCGGGGACCUAUCUAUAAGUGGAAACAAAUCUCCCUUGGCGUAUGCUUCAAAUACAGUAAUGGAGGAAGAAUCAAGUAGAUCAAGUAAAAGAGAGUUGAUCAGGAGGAAGCGCGGGAAUCCCAGAGUGGGGCCGAGCAAAAAUAAAAGAUUCAAUACCCUUCUGGAUGUGGAAACGGAUGUCUUGAAUCCAGUACUGAAUACUGGGGAGCUAAAGCCUAAAAUACGACGGCGUAGAGGAGUAGACCGCGUUAACACAAUAAAAGAGGAUAUAUUACGGGAAAUUUCGGAGCUCAAUAACCUGCCGCCAUUCACUUCAUCUCUCAGCACUAUGAACACAGAACAACCCACCUUGACGGGAAAUCUUAACAUGAUUACGUGCAUCAGUAAAAAUACAAUGAAUGCAUCCGCCUCAACUGCGUCAACCAAGUGUGAUUGUUCGACUAAUUCAAUGAACACCACCUACAACGUUUUAGUGAGUACCACGGAAGGUAAUUCGAACCUCACCAAAGUGGUGAGUCUUAACGCAAGCGACAAAGAAAUCAACAUUAGCCUGCAAAAUGGUCAUCAGAACCUGCAAAUAUCGAUAAACACCAAUCAAUCGAGUGCGGCGAAUAAAACCAAAAGGGAAGCAGCGUACCCCGAAAAAAUCGUGCACAAGCGCGAAAACGACAACUCCCAGUUCUUCGAAAUCGAGAAGGAUUUGGAACCCAGGUUCGCAGAAGAAACCUACGAUUAUUACGAGGAAAAGGUUGACAAUGUGAAGAAGAGGUGCUCGUCAGGGAACUGCGGUCGCGAUAAUACGGGAGAGUCGUGCAAUUGCGACUCCCCAGGUUGCAAUUGCGGGGUCAAAGGUACACAAAUCAAAGUGAGCAGGGAGCAUAACGACAGAAGAGGAGACUUGAAACGUUCCGACGAUCAAAUCAGCCAGGCCGUGUUUGCGGAGUACGAGGACGAGUUGGAUAGCAAGCAACCCAUCAUACGGUUGAUAAGAAGCGACUAUUACAUGGACUUUCACCCAGAUUUAUACAACAUGGUCCCGUUUAAACCAGCCAUCGUGGAAGACGGAGAUGACUACGAUUAUGUCAACAGGAAGGGCAGACAAAGUUUGGACGGUGCAGCCUUACAUGGCGGUGUUGCUAGCAGAGGUCAUGCAACCUCGCAAAUUCCCGUCGGUAGUCCUUACAGAGUGCGAAGGACCAUAGACGAGAAGGGAGAUCCUAUAAAACUGAUAGAUAUGUCUGAUAAGGAGAUUUUUGGGGCGCUUCCCCAAAGCUUCGAAGGCGAAUUGGGAACCUACAAGCGCCCCUUUGAAGAGUCCUACAAGCUUAUCCCGGUAAAAGGACUGAAAGAAAAUCUGGACGUUGUCGAUGAAAAACCGCGCGAAAAGGAUGAAGUGACUGAAGAGGAAAAAGAAAAUGAGGAGGAAAAGGAGGAUGAAGAGUUUAUGAAUAUGAUUGAAAAAAACGGUCAUAAAACUGAAAAAAUCAAGGAUAAAGAAAAAAGAACCGCUCUGAAGCAACCUGUUUCGGUUGAGGAACAGUUGCGAGGCAUGCUGGACGAAAUCGGCUCGAUUAACGAUUUGGAAAGUGAGACCAGAGAAAAAAGAUUUGCCCAGGAAAAUUCCACGAGGGAGGGCAUUAAAACGCAUUCAAAACAAUUUAAAAAAUCUCCAGUAGAUAAGCAAAGAGCCGAGCGAAGGUUAAAUUUUCUUCUGGACUCGGUCAAACUGCGGGCUCAGGCCAAUACGGCUUUGAAAGCGAAGAACGACGAGCGCGUCAAUAACCACCCCAAUAACAACAACAAGAGAAACAAAAAGUCAAUCAAGGAGAAAAGUUCGGGCUUGGUGGAUUAUGAGAAGAAGGUUCAAAGUCAAAUCCAGAAAAAAAUACAAGCGUUGAAAGACGAGGUGAAACGUGAAAUUGAGUAUUUGAAAGGGGACGAUAAAGCGGAGUUGCAGAACACGCGUAAAAAAAGAGAAGUCGAUGAAGGUGACGGUGUUGAUGAUGAUCAAGUAGAAGGCAGAAAUCGACGUCAAGUGCAAAUCGAGUAUUACGCUCCUUCAAAUAACGACGCUUCGGAUACAGCGGAAAUAUCGGUUGAACUACCCUCGCACAAAAAUUUAGAUCAAAUUAACCCAAUUACUGAACCACCCACAGGUUUUGUGGCGACAACCAACGACUAUAGAAGAUACAUUGUGAACAGCACCGAUAAAUUGGUGAAAAUCAACAUCAACAACGGCAAACACGUAAACGUUUACUCGAAACGCAAACGUCAAAUUACGAGUGAGGACUUGAUGGCUGAAACGAAUUUAAAGGAGGAAACUCAGAACAUAAAGAGAGACUGUUCUUCGGGGAAAUGCGGCAAAAACAACGAAGGCCAAUCCUGCAACUGCAACUCCCCCGGUUGCAACUGCGGAAGCGGCGAAAACAAACUCACCGGUUUCAAUGAGGAUAAGAUCAAAGAAAAACGGUCGGAAGAUGCCGAGGAAUAUUCCUUCGAAAACGAGUUCGACUACGAAGAUGCUUCGGACCAAAAAAGCGCGCUGAGAAGAUCGAUGUCGAACGAAGACAACCCAGAGUACUACAUAGACUUGCAUCCAGACAUCUACCACAUCAAGAACUACAACGAGGAGAACUACGAAGAGGUCCCGGAUAGAGAGAAAAGAUCGGACAUGGACGAUUUGGUGGCUCUGCAUGGAGGCACAGCCACCAGGAACCAUUUGGUGGCCAUCAGAUCGCGGAGCAUGGGGAACGGCCUCUCCAGGGUCAGACGUAGAAUAGACAGGGAUCUUGAUGACGAACCGAUACACCUGAUCGAUAUGUCAGACGAGGAUAUUUUUGGGGCUUUGCCGCAGAGCUUUGAAGGCGAACUAGGCAGAUACAAGAGAAUCAAAAGGUAAUGGAUGUCAUGCAUCAUCUGUUGAAGAAAUUGGAAGCAUACGAGUUAUAUUAAGUCUACAUCGAAGGUGCACUUCCAGAUCAUUAUAAGCCCAAUUGAUACCUAUAAUAUUAGCUGUUAAGGACAAUUUAUUUUUUAGUUUACAAUAUAUU